AUGACAGGUUCUUCAUAUCCACCAACAUAUGAUGGUGUGGGUGCUGAUGCGUACUUGGAGUGGGAAAUUGCUAUAGAUAAUAUAUUUGCAACUCGUUGCAUGUGUCCAAGGAGAAAGGAUGCUGAACAAAAGCAAGAGGACAAGGAUGACAUGGACAAAAACGAGGAGCUCACAUCCUCAUGUGAAAAUUCAGAUCCAUCACUUCACAAUGCACCUAUUACUCUCGCUGAAAUUGAGAGCAAAGAGAAACUAUUAGUGGGACCAACUCUUGAUUUACCUUUGUCACAACAUGAUUUGAUUCAUAUUCCCUGUGAUAAAGAUGACUUACAUGGUCAUGAACAUGAGAGCACUGAACCACAUGUUUUUGCUGAAUUUACAAAUCUCGGCCCGCGGAUCCUCCCCGCCGACCCCUGCGACCGCGCCGUCCACCGCCUCUGGGCCGACUACGCCGACGCCAAGCUCCCGGCGGCGCUCCGGAUAAUGUGGGGCAUGAUCGACGGCGACAAGGCCGAGGCGGCGGAGCAGGUGGCCUCGGCGCUAGGGCAGCUCGAGGAGGCCUUCGCGGCGUGCAGCAAGGGGCGGCGCUUCUUCGCCGGCGACGACGUCGGGUUCUUGGACAUCGUCCUCGGGUCGUACGUCGGGUGGUUCCGGGCGGCGGAGCAGAUCACCGGGCAGCCUGUCCUCGACGAGGCCAGCACGCCGCGGCUGGCGGCGUGGGCGCCGCGGUUCUGCGCCCACGAGGCCGUCAGGGACGUGAUGCCCGACGCCGGCAGCCUCGUCGAGUUCGGCGAGGCGCUCCGCGCGGCGCUGGCGGCCAGCGGCCAGUGUUUCACGGCCGUAACGGCGACGCAGUAGCGAGGCCUUGCCCGGGAACGUCUUGCUGCUUUUAUUCCAGCAUUGGUUGCCACGCCAAUUGACAUCUCCGAAUUCAUGUGAGAUUGCAUUGUAUAAACAUUUACAAAUUACAAAACCAUGUGAGAUUUCUGUGA